AUGCACGUACGGUUUGUACGUGAGGACGUGCGUGUUAACGUUAUCACUUACACCGGACCGCUCGCCACUCACCGACGCUUGAAUAAAUCUUCAAGAUAUCUUUGUGAAGGAAGCGACGCCCGCAGCUCCCUACAACACGGUCCGUGUCACGCCGUUCUCGCCUCUAUGCAGGUUGUGUUAAAGCUCACCGUCGGUCACGGCUGCGAGGUCGACCAUGAGGUCCAGCGGUCGGCGGCGCUAGAGAUGCGCUCCAAGCAGCAGCCGAGACCCUCCUACCGUUGGCUUGGCACUAACGAGAACGUCAAGUGUCAACUGGAUAAUAGAGCAGUGUCGAGUGUCGAGUGUCCGGAGUUAUUGAUAGACAAGUGCUCGCUGACACACAGUUUAGUGGCUCUAAUAUAA